AGCCAACCUACCUACAUGCUUAUUGUGUAAAUCUUUAAAAAGCAAUUAGCCGCAGCAUCAUCUAAAUCUCCCCCCCUCCUGUGGCUGGGUGAAACAUAUAUUUGCAAAGAGGUGUUUUUCAGGCGGUUGAAGAAAAGGCAGGCAUCAUCAUCAUCAUCCUCAACCAUGACUGACAGGAAAGCUGUGAUCAAGAACGCAGACAUGUCCGAGGACAUGCAGCAGGACGCCGUGGACUGUGCCACCCAGGCCAUGGAGAAGUACAAUAUAGAGAAGGACAUUGCAGCGUACAUCAAGAAGGAGUUUGACAAGAAGUACAACCCCACCUGGCACUGCAUCGUCGGGAGGAACUUUGGCAGCUACGUCACCCACGAGACAAAGCAUUUCAUUUACUUCUACUUGGGCCAAGUGGCCAUUUUGCUCUUCAAGUCUGGCUGAGAAGUUUCUGAUGGGUGUUGAGGAGUUUUUCUCCCUGAACCUCAAUCGGAAAUGCACUGGUGGCAGAUGUCUCCCAUACACUAAUAACGACAUACCAUAACGAUGCAAAACCGGCCGUGCGCAAUUGCAUGGACUAUACACUAUUUAAUAUGUAUGUUACAGUAAGUUUACUUUUUGAUAGUUGCCAUUUGAAUGCAACUGAAGUAGUUUUUGUUGAUGCUGUUAAAUUCUAGGUCGUAAAAGAUUUCGGAGUGGCCCUUGAUUGUAUAAUACAGGAAAGCUGUAGAAUGUAGUGGUGCAUCUGCUUUCCUUCACAAGUGGCAUUGCCAGACCCUGUUAUGAGACUCCAUCUGUCGGCUUAGAUGGUAAAGUCAUACUGCGUGCACCGGUUUAACAAUUCAUCAUCAAGAUUUUAACCUGUGAUCAUGAAAAGAAGUUGGUUCUUGGGGCAGAAUUGUCAGGCUCUAUUCACAUAAUGAGUUAUUUCACAGCAAGGACAUACUCUAACCUUACAGCAUGAGUUCAGUUUAUUACUCCUGUCUUAUUAAUUUAAAGGGAUUGUGUUGUCUGGAGAUGCAUUCACUAAUGCUUUCUUGUUUUCAAUUAGGAUUUAAAGAUCCCCAACAGGAGUGAAAUUUUAGCAGCCACUUUCAGAAACGAUGUCACAACAUCCAACACACUUGACAUUUUGGAACCGACACGAGCCAGUGCAAGCAUUUCCACGGAUGUUUGGUUUGUCAGUGCUUAAAUUUUCACUGUGAAGAAUGACAGAGCAAAUACAGCUCACAUACACAGACCUUAGCCUGUAAUGUCUGAAUAAUAAUGCUAUGGACCGGUUACCAAAAUCUCCCAACUCAUCUACAUAGAUUUCAGUCUUAUAAUCCUUUGUUUUUGCAUGUUUUGGACGAUAAUAACCAUGAUUUCUUUAACUGUCAGACACAAACAAAAGCUCAUCUUGGAGCUAAAUAAUUUGCAUUAUUUAACUUUCACUUUUGAGUAUGUAGAUAUUGGACUGAACCGAUGUGUGUCUUGUCCCAGUAAUUGCUAGAACGCAGCAUUAGGAAGGUGAUUUAGAUAGAAACAUCCGCAGGCACCUCCACCAAGGCUACCAACACCCCUGUGUUUCAGAUGGUUGUGUCGUCUUAUGUGGCUUGUGAUUCUUUCAGGUUGCAUUAUCCCCAGCCUUUAUUUUUGCAUUGCCAGUGUACUGCCAGACAUACAGGAAAGACAUUUGGAGUUAAGACUUCCUAAAGCAACUGCAAGCAGGUGUAACUCUUGUCUAGCACACUGAUUUUGAGUUUUCAUUUUGUUAUGUCAGUAUGAUUAGUUUGAAAUAGCAAUGCACAAUGUCUGGAUGUUGAUAAAGUGUGUACUUUGGGAGGGCAGAUUGGAGAGAUUUAGUCCACAGAGUUGGAGAGCACACACACAUUUCUCGCUGUGCGUAAAGACUGAGUUUACUCAGUUCACUCCCAUAUUCCAGCUAUGGGUGAAAAGUGUAUCUCUCUGGUGUUAGCUUGGAUUGUUUUUGAUGGGAUGUCUUCCUAACUAUUGUCAAUGUAAACUGAUUUAGUAUUGUUUUCCUCUGGCAUGUAUUUUUGCUGUGUAUAUGUAGGAGCCGUUCCAAUGCUGUUAAAUUUGCACAAAACGUGUGCCUGUCAUUGCUCUCAACUGUAACCGGCUUGAGUACAAUUGCACUUCAUUAGAAUUAUCCAGUAGGUUGCUACAGAACCAAAAUCGUAUAAACGAUAAAAUAAAAAUUAAU